AUGCAGCCGCCGCAGACGGCCACGAGCCUCAGAGCGCUGCACCUUCUGCGCGCCCUCCUGCGUGAGGCCUCGUACCUGCCCGACGCGGACGCCCGCCGCUUCUUCCACCGCUACAUCGUGAAGCGCUUCAGAGCCUACCACACCGCUGACAACGCCUCGCCCUCGCUCGACAAGAAACGCCAUGGCUUCGGCAAGCAGAAGGACGCCUCCAUCGUCGAAGAGCGCACGCGUCUCUUGCGACGCCAGGGCAGCAAGGGGCUAAACUACUUGCGCCGCGCCAACAACGGAGAGCACGGUUGCCUCAAAAAGAUCCUCUUCUUCACCUAUGGGCGCAUUGGCACGCGCAAGUACGCCCUGUUGGCAGAUCUUCUCCGCCCAGAUGACCCUACGGCGGUGCUGCAGCCUUCGCCGCUGCAGAAGCUCUACUACAGCAACGACCGCUUUCUCUCCUUCUUCGACGCUCCGAAGAAGGUCAGUGCCACGGACUACAACAUCCCCAUCUCGGACCAUUACCGUCGAUUGAAGACGACCCUGAAGGCCCAAGUUCAGAACGAAGUCGCUCUGGGCCGCGAGAUCAAGCGGCACCAGAUCAACACUCCCAUCAACAACGUCUGGGGCCGCCCCAUGCCAAUCAGGCGAGCUCGCAAUAUUGUCAGAAAGUGGUACGCCGAAACCAUGACACGACUUCUUCCGCCGCUGCCCAUCAGCGAGUUCGAUAACAUGCAAGCUAUGGCGGACGGUCGACGGGAGGUCUCCCUGGUUAAGCGGCGCGCGCCUGCUGUUGAGCUCCAUCCUCACCCAGUAGAGGAGUCGCCCGCAGCAGAUCGGUUUGCGAAGCUAGUGCAGGACGCACUUGUUCUAGAGAAGCCAAGCAGGGCCGACACACGCCGUCCGCGUCACAUCGAUGCGCCGAUAAUGAGACGCCUGUAUGCCAGUGUCCUGGUGUACUGCAGCAAACUGGAGUGGAACGAGAAAUACAAGAAGUGGGAAUCUGUCUGGGGCCGUAUGCGCGGGAUGAGCCCAACCUUCAAUUCCGCGGCGCACCACGAUGACCUCUUCGCUGGAGUGGACGAGAAAGGUAAUCUGCCUAAAGAGAAGCAACCCAAAAGCCCCCAAACUCCGCCCGACGAAGACGACAUGGAGGCAGAAAAGUAUGUCAAUGUACCAUUCUACGUCAACCUUCUGCCACCGGAACAUCCCACUCGUGUAACGGCAAGCAAGUUCUUGGAGAAGCGAGGCAGGGUCCAAUCGGCAAGUGGGGCAAAUGCCCCUCGCAAACCGGCCCUAGCAACAAAUCGAUCAGAACGUAGGGCGCGAAACCCAUCCACACCUUGA